UAUUUGGCGUAAAAAGAAAUAAAUUAAUAAUAAUAAAUUCAACCUGCAAUUAAAAUAGAACAGUCAGCAGAACAGUCCUGAAUUUGACAAGCGCUGCUGGUCCGCGCGCUUCUCGGGAACGCGCAGGACCCGUCCCAUCAUCUGCAGCAGCUCUUCAUCCGUCCGCGAGGAGAGAUGGACGGAGUGGGUUCGUACGGAGCCGGCCGAACCGGGUCCACUGUCGACCCGAUUACGUUCGCCAAACAGCCGCAGACCAUCCUGAGAGUGCUGUCCUGGAUCUUUUCUCUGGUGGUCUUUGCCUCCAUCAUAAACGAAGGCUAUGUGAACACSGGYAGUGAGCGCCUCAACUGUGUCUUUAACAAGAAUUUGUAUGCGUGUCACUAUGGCGAGGUUGUGGGCCUGGCCAGCUUGCUGCAGUGCACCUUGUUCUUCCUGGUUGACUACAAGUUCUCUUCCAUCAGUUCAGUUAAAGAGAGGAAGAAGAUUGUGGCGCUUGAUGUUGGGAUCUCAGGCCGGCCUCACGGUGUGUGCGGUCCAGAGGUACCUGCUUGGUACAGACGUGACCCUGUUCACCACGGAGCACAUGGACGGCGGCGGCACCGAGGCCGUAGAACCAGGCCGUGUCUCAUCGUUCCCUGAGAACAGCACAGCCCCCACAAACCAGUUCCCUGUUUGCUAAAAAAUGAUACUGAUGAUGGAAGAAGAUAAAGAGUGAAACUACAAGGAAGUCACUUUUAAUAACAAAAAAAAAAGUUUUGGUACUACUUGCUUUUUUUUUCUUUGCCUGUGGUUCAGAACUGAUGCAUCAGAGCAGAUAAAAAAACUAGAGCAGGAAACACUGAGGAAGAGUCAAUUCGAAAUAUUAAAACUGUGUUUUUGUUAUGAAAGGAAGAGAAGAAACGAACAAAGCUGUGUUAAAUCACUGCAACAGAGCAGGAAGUGCUCUGAGACUGUAUCUUUUAUCUUUUAUGACUUUUAUUCAUUUAGGUGGCCCUGCUUGUUUUUAGUGCCAAAACACUUUUUUAUUUUUAGCUCUCAUAUUCUCUGCUGUUAAUUAUUUGCAUUAGAAUAUUUAUCAUAUCUUGCAGCAGGUUACGGUAAAAGUGAGUUAAGUGGGUUUUUACAGGUUGACUAAAACAAUAUGCAACACGGAACACAAUGCAAUACUAAUAAACAAAAGUUAUAACGAGUGGUAGUUUAACUUAUAAUAAGUUCAUUACUUGAAUACAUGCAUAAACAAUGGAA